CACAGAGCACAGAAGACGGAGGAAGCUGAAUCAGAAAAGUCGCCCUUUUCACACACACACUCGCAUGUGCAUAUGGAUAUGUGGCAUUCCUAGACACCCUCUCUAUCUCUAUCUCUCUCUCUCUCUCUUUUACUUUACCUUUGGUUGUGCUCUCUCCCUCCCUCUUUCCCUCUUCCCUUCUCCUUCUCUAGUUUUCCUUCCGCUCUGCCUGUCGCUGGCAGUUGUCUGAGAGAGUGUGUGUUGAAGAAAACAGAAGAGAAGAGGUGCAGGACGGGUCAGGAUGCUGUGCACUCUGCAGAUGUACGCGUCGACAGGUUUCCCUCAGGGCUGACUGAAGACAAGACAAAAACACUCGAGGCACCAGGAUCCUAACACACAGCUUGUCUAUUUUUUUUUGCUUUGGUUCUCAAUCUGUCCAUCAGUUGUUCGUCUUUGUCCUCCUUUUUGGUGCUUUUCCACGGGUGCUAUUUUGGAAGAGAAGAUGAGGUCCAGGUUGCCUCAAGCCGCUUUGCAGCCCUUCAUUCUAGGACUGUUGCUGUCACUGGUGGACGCCAAAGGAACCUUCUAUGGAACAGGCCAUGGGAACCCGUUCUAUGGAGGAGGCCAUGGCAACAGAUACAACCUGUACAAGUCUGGAGUCAACUCACACUACACCCCGGGCAAACCCAUGGGCCGCCACAAAAACCACUGUGCACAUGUGGUCCAGAAGAACAUCACGUGUACGAUUGAGGACGGCAUGGCCACCUACGUGAAGGCAGAGUACACCACCAAGUGCAUCUGGGGGCAGAAGUGUCCUGUCGUCAUGUACCGGACCUUCUACAAGCCUAAGUAUAAGGUGGGCUAUAAGAGAAUUACUGAGCUGCAGUGGAGGUGUUGUCCUGGCUACUCUGGGGAGAACUGCUACGAUGGACCCACCUCUCUGCCCCCCUUCAAAGGGGGUGCCCCACACCGACCAGGGAUCAAGUACCCCCAUGGGCACCCCCAACCUCCCCUGAUCCACAAACCUGUCCCUGGUGGGGCUAAUCUGGAGCCAGGGAGCCCCUUCCCAAAUCAGCCGGAUAGCAGACCCAUCCCCACUGGACACUGGACCGGCAAACCCAACUAUGGUAAUAAAGUUGGUGGAGACCGUCUAGAUCGUAUGGAGGAGGAGCUGCGUCGUCUGACCCAGGAUCUGGACAUCCUGAACGGGUUGAUGGUCAGCCUAGAAGACCGCCUGCGCCUUUCUCUCCAGGAGGACACAAAGAAUAUGCUGGGCUCCCUGCUCUCCACCGUCCCCCGUCUUUCAGACUCCUCGGUUGGCUUUGGGGUGAUCCCAGACGGCACCCCAGAUGGCCUGGAGGGAGGAGAGGGACUCCCUGGGUUUGGAGACCUGGCUGGGAGGGUGACAGAGGUGAAGGAUGAGCUCAAAGCCAAAGGACAUGUGCUUGAGGAGAUACAGGGCAUGGUUCUGGGUCAUGAAGGGCAGCUGAAAAAGCUGUUGGAAGCUGCGAUUGGCAGGCCCAUCACUGGGUCAGUCUCUCCCUCCAUCCUGGAGGAGCUGCUGGAUGCUAAACUAGCAGGUGUCCGUGCUGACAUCCUGGACGGCUUCGAGAGGCGUCUGUCUGGCCUGGAGAGCCGGUGUGAGGAGAGGAUAGGAGAAGUCCAGAGGCAGUGCCAUAAUGAACACAUGAACGGCCAGGAGCACAUACAGCAGUCUCUGGACGGCAGAGAAACUGGACUGAGAGAGGAGCUGGGUACUCUGCAGGCACAGAUACAGGGACUCACCCUCACUGAGAGCUGCUGUGGACAGCAGGUGAACAGCCUAUCGCAGAGGAUGUUGAUGCUAGAGGAGUCAGUGAAGGGCUUAACAGAGUCCCAGCGGGAGCUUCAGGCUGCUCUCACUGACCAGACCAUCCACAUUGAGACCCUGACAGAGGUCCGUCUGGAAGACAUAGACGCCAGGCUCAAUGUCACCGAGUCUGGGGACGUAGGGGUUGGCAAGGUGCCUGGGGGUCUGGACGGCUUCAAGACCCUGCUGAAGGACAAGCUCAAGUCCCUGGAGGAGAGGGCGUUUGUGGCUUUGGAGGAGCUGAGUAACGCCACCGCCCCAGCUCUGCUGGAGGGUCAGGUGAUGCCCGCCCUGGAGACAGUCAGGAGGAGGGUGGAAGGAGACCUGGACUGCAUCCAGAGGAAACUCACAGACCUGGAGCUCCUCUGCACCUCCUCCUGCUCCCACGCCACUACCCCUGGAGGAGGCGCACGGACAGGCCUAGUGGAGGAGUGUGAGGCGGUGGAGAAGAAGGUGUCAGGCCGUCUGGACUCCCAUGCUGACCAGCUGGACCGUCUCAAUACCACCCUGCAGACCCUACUGAACCGCAUUGCCCAGGAGGACGAGGAAGGCGCUGUCCAGGGAGAGAUCACCCUCCUCAAGAUCAAAGUCAACUCUGUCAACCGCACCCUGAAGGGCCUGAGGAACUCUGUUAGCCUGUUCACUAAAGAAGUGGGCCAUGCUAACGCCACGUGGACACACAAGGAGAAUCAGCUAGCCACCCAGGUCCAGGGUAUUACCCAGCUGGUGGGGCGCCAGGCCUACCUCCUGGGGGCCGGGGAGCACAGACUAGCCCAGCUGAAGGGGGAGCUGGUGAGCCUGAGGAGGAGACUGGCUGGGGAGCUGCAGGGCUGCCGGAGUACGGCCCUGGGGGUGCAGAGGGAGGUGGAGGAGGUGGAUAGUCGAGUGGCCCAGGUGGAGGGACAGUGUGGUAGCCUGGGGGAGCUGGCGGACAACCUAGAGAGGAUCAGGACAGAGCUGGAGAGACACUCAGACUUGCACCUGUCACAGGUCAAAGGAAGGAUGGCCAGUCACACUACACAGCUGGCCGAACUGAAGGGAGAAAUUAAAGACUGUGUCGGAAAGGGCUCAGCCAAUCAGAAGGGAGACCAGUAACACUUGUGCUACGGAGAAAGACGUGUGUAUGUCCUCUCAUCUUCUGCUCUCCUUCAUCUGCUCAAAUGGGAAACUUGAGAACAGAUUUACUUCACCUAUCCUGCAUUUUCAGAUCAGUGAAGGAGAGGAGAUGAGUAGAAUAGGCCAUUUGAAGCUAUUGAAAUGCACCCUUGGUUGUAUAGUUGGCCAAUAUUUUCCCUCAAGUUUUUCUUCUAAAGGGGCAUUUCGUUUUUUUCUUAUAGUUUUGUUUUCACAUUUUAUAUUGAUAUUAACUGACUUUUUAACUUAUAUGAAGAAAAGAUGACUGCAUUGUUAUACUGUAUUAGAAAUAUUUGUGAAAAAUUAAUAACAAAAACAAAGCAAAUGAUAUCCCACUGGGCACCGACGUCUAUUCCACGUCUAUUCCACAUUUGUUCAACGUAAUUUGAUUGAAGUGACGUGGAAACGACGUCGAUUCAACCAGUGUGUGUGCCCAGUUCUACCCUGCAAGCACACGCUACUCUCAGUGUGGACUGUCCUUUAAAAAUACUGUAUGUCAAUAUGAAAGGUGCUAUACAUUUUGUUAACAUUCAUUUUUUUUAGUAUUUCUCCUUAAAGGUCCCGAACAGCAUCAAAAUGACUGUAGCUUCUACAUUGAUAAAGUUUGAUCAUAAAGUUACUGGUCCCUUCCACCGGUGUCAAACACUUGGAUUCAGUAGGCAAGCCAGAUACUCCUUUCUCUAAUAUCUCUGGACAGGCAUAACCAAGGAUGUACUUCCGGCUUUAUGCAACGUCACAUAAAGCAAGAAGUGUAAAACACCAACGGUAGCGUCUUAUCAUAUUAACAUAUUAUAACGUGCGCCUACGCCUUGAUUUUGUUAACAAACCACAAGCUAGUAUCUAGCUCAAACAGAACGUACGACCACAGAUGGUGAUAACCUUUCAUCUGUUGUGUGACUGUUAGCUAGCAAGCUACUUACUAGCAUGUCGGGCAAAAGCACACUAUGUUUUGACUGGAUGCCAUAGUGUACAAUGAACCUUCCGCUAUCUUCCCGAAGAAUGAAGACAUCAAGAAAGCAGUGGCUGCUUUUCAUUUCGGGUGGACAGGCUGGAGCUUUACCAAUUGGGGAGAACAGUGGAUGAGUCGUGCCACGAAGCUAGUCCUGAAUACGGAUGCUGUACCAUCAUUGCAAGCGCUGACCGUAAUGCUGUGUAGACGGGCUCCUGGGUCUCCUCUUCAAUGAGAUCGCCUUUGAUCCAGCUCCAUAGGUGAGGAAGCUAUGCGAGCUGUCCAUCGCAGGACACCGGUCUGCCCAGUGUCAGCUGUUGUCUCCCGCUUCAAUCUUUAGGGUGACUGAAGACACGUGGGUGACUGAAGCCUGCUUGAUUGAAGUGGGGUAUAUGGGUUCCUCUCGCCUCCCCAUCAAUCUCUGUAGUUGUAUUUCCUGAAUCAUAAGUAAUUAACUUUCACAUGAUAUGAUAUCACAUUUUGUUAUAAAAACAACAACAAAAAGCAUUCGGACAAGAGAUGAGUGUUACAAAUUACACAAAUCAAUGGGUCAUGCACACUGUAGGGUGGCCGGGUGCCUAUAUCAGGCACUUAUCUAAUGAUGUAUCUUAUGUCAAAUUAUGUCUCACCAUUAUUUCUCAUGAGUGUUCUUGUUGAUCUUUUUGCUAUGCUGGCCUAUCAUAGAAUAUAAAAUAAAUGUCUGAUCAUUACAUACAA